UGCCCGCGUGCUUCACAAAACAACGUUUGUCUAAUAAGUAAAGUGAUUAAUUUAUUAUUUCAUCGUAAUUGUGAUUAAUAAUUGACAGUAAUUAAAAAAAGUAAAAUUUUUUCCUUUUUCUAAAAAAAAAUUAAAAAUUUUUAUUGCGUAGAAAAAUUUUUUGUGGAAUCGUUGAGUAUAAUUUCAUUUAAAAAUUUUUUUAAAAACUUUUCGCUCUUCACAUUGUUAAAAAGUUUGUGCAUUAUCCUGUGGAUAGUUUUCUGAUAAGUUAAAUAGUUAGCCAAGUAUCGAAAAGAUUCUUCAGCGGUUGUUAAGUUUGAAAAAAAAAAAUUUAUUAAAAUUUUCGAAAAUUGCUGGUACUCUGAAACUGUGAAAAUUUUCGACGGAACGGAUCUGACUUAAUCCUUAAGACGAUGGAAGACGAGAUAGAGAUGCCUGUCAAUUCGACCACGACCUUUGGUCUUGAUGAAGAUGAGAGUUUUAGAAGACUUCAAGAAUGUUUAAGGAUACUUAAUACUAACGCAACAUCACUUCCGGAACCAUAUUGCCCCGGUGUAUUUGAUGGGUGGACAUGCUGGCCAAGUACUCCCGGUGGAAAAGAAGCAUACGCGCCAUGUCCGGCAUUUGUCACCGGAUUUGAUCCUUCAUUAAUUGCCCAUAAAAUUUGUGAACCAAAUGGAAGUUGGUUUAGACAUCCAGAAACAAAUAGUGUAUGGAGUAAUUAUACAACUUGUGUAAACACUGAUGACUUGCAUUGGGCACAGCAGUUAAACAUUAUCUACGAAAUUGGAUAUACGAUAUCAUUAAUUGCACUCAUUGUAUCUUUGGGUAUUUUGUCAUAUUUUAGAUCACUAAGAUGUGCAAGAAUAACUCUUCAUAUGAAUCUCUUUGCAUCAUUUGCCGUAAAUAAUGCUCUUUGGUUAAUAUGGUACGCUUUCAUAGUGACAAAUACUGAUCUACUUAUGGAAAAUGGUAUAUCCUGCCGUUUGUUACACAUAAUCCUCCACUAUUUUCUGUUGACCAAUUACGCGUGGAUGUUGUGCGAAGGUUUUUACUUGCACACAAUUCUCGUCAAUGCAUUUACAAGUGAGCAUAAUUUAGUCAAAUGGCUAAUGGCUAUUGGAUGGCCGGCUCCAGCACUCGUUGUCUUAAUUUAUGCAUCAUUACGAUUCACAUCCGACGAUCCUAUUGAUAAUUUGAAAUGCUGGAUUGACGAAGGAAACUUCACAAACGUCCUGGUUUAUCCCGUGUGCGUGUCAACUUUUCUAAAUCUUCUCUUUCUAUUCAACAUCGUCCGCGUUCUUCUGACGAAGCUGAGAGCCGGACCGGCUAUCGGGACCCGGCCAUCACGGUCUAUACUUCAAGCUUUCAGAGCGACUUUGCUGUUAGUUCCACUUCUGGGUCUCCAUUAUCUCGUGGUACCUUUCCGUCCUCCUAAAGGGCAUUCUUGGGAAAAGACUCACGAUAUUGUGUCAGCUGUAACUGCUUCAUUUCAGGGUCUUUGUGUCGCCAUUUUGUUCUGCUUCUGCAAUGGCGAGGUCAUAGCGCAGUUUAAACGAAAAUGGGAAGGUUCAGUACUUAUCAGAAAACGUGCCAACUCAUGCACUGCAACAACAGUAUCUGUCCGGUGGCGGGAGAGGAGAAGGUGUGACUAUCAGACAAAAUUGCCUAUGGAGGAAAAGCUUGAGAAGCUCGUUAUCAAUAAUCACAAUCAUCAUCAGCAACAUCAUCUUCAUGACAACAAGGAUCCUCAUGAUAAUGAUGUCGAUGAACAAGAGAUUAUUAUCAAACACAACGAUUCAACUUAUGACCUCAAACAAUAUCAAACUCAAUGUUGAUUGGAUUAUAAUUUAAUUAUGUUUAUAUUAAGUGUUAAUGAGUAAUUGAUGAUUGUUUUUGUAUUUGUAAUUUUAUGUAUCAUAAGUAUGUUGAUUAUUAUUAAUUAUUACUUAAUGUCUUCCUGAAGGACUACUAUUAUUAUUUUAUUAUUAUUAUUGAACUUUUAAUUGUUAUAUUUAAUAAUAAUUAUUAUUAUAAUAUGCGUAUUUUAUUUUUUUAAAUGUAAAUUUUGUAUAAAUUGCUGAAAUAUAUAUACGCUUUAUUGCUAAAUGUUAAACAACGAUCUGUAGGAUAUUUAAUUAGAUGAUAAUUAUUUUUUUUUAAUUUUCAUAUUUUUACGGCCUAAUUUAAUAUUUAUUAUUGGUUGAAAAUUAUAAUAAGUUUUUUUUUUUAAAUAGAAAGUAAAUUUUGGAAAAAAUUGAUAUCUUAUAGACCAGAAAAAAAUUUUUAUAUAUGAUCAUAUAUGAAAAAUGGACUUAUAUGACCAUUUCAAUAAUUUUUCCACAUUAGCCAGAUUUUUAUGAUCAUAUAUGAUCAGAUAUUCAUAUGUGCAUCAUAUAUGACAUGUCGACAUAUAGGACCAUAUCUAAGUAUUUUUUCCAAUUAAGUCAAACUUUUAUGAUCAUAUAUGAUCAGAUAUUGAUACAUAUGAUCAUAUAUGGCCAUAUAUGAUCAGAUAUUGAUAUAUAUAUGGUCAUAUAUGACCAUAUCUGAGAAUUUUUUUCCAAAUUAGCCAUAUUUUUAUGAUUAUAUAUGAUCAGAUAUUCAUAUGUGCAUCAUAUAUGACAUGUCGACAUAUAGGACCAUAUCUAAGUAUUUUUUCCAAUUAAGUCAAACUUUUAUGAUCGUAUAGGAUCAGAUAUUGAUACAUAUGAUCAUAUAUGGCCAUAUAUGAUCAGAUAUUGAUAUAUAUUAUCAGACAUUUAUAUAUAUGAUUAUAUAUGACCAUAUCUGAGUAUUUUUUCCAAAUUAGCCAGACUUAUGGUCACAUAUGAUCAGAUAUAAAUAUAUAUGAUCAUAUAUGACAAGUGGCCACAGAAGACCAUGUCUGAGUAUUCUCUCCUGAAUCGGUUAACGUUUUUUGAUCAGAUAUUCAUAUAUGUGAUCAUACAUGAUCAGAUAGUUACAACUAUGACCAUAUAUGAUCAGAUAAUCAUAAAUACGAAUCAUUUACAAUCUUAACUGGUCACAAGCCCUCACAUAUGAUCAUAUAAGACCAUAUCUGAUCAUAUAUUUAAAAAAAAAAAAAGUAAUUUCUCAAUCUUUUAAAAUAUUAAUAUUAAUUUUUCUUAAUUAUAAUUAUAAUUUUUAUAAAUUAGCUCAAUUACAAGACACCAAAAUUAUAAAAUUUUCAAUUGUUUCCUUAACUCUGAUUAAAAAAUAAAUUUCAUAAUUUAU